ACACAACGGCGUGCCUGCUUGCUUGCUUGGUGGGACUACACGUGUUGGCUUAAAAAUGGCUAAAAAGAAUCAAAUCAAAACGGAAAGUGUGGCGACUGCUGAGAAAUCAGAAGCCAUGGAAGUGACGAAGAAAAAAGGCAAGCAACAAAAGCGUACCGAGAAUGGCGACGCAGUAAUGAAAACGAAAGGCAACGGGGUGGCUGCGGCUAAACCGGAGAAGAAAAAGAAUGAAAAGCCAAACAAAAAGCGACCCGCUCAGUCGGCGGCGCAGCAGCAGGAUGAGGAUGAUGCGAUGGGAGAGGAAACGGUCGUACCGGCCAAGGUGUCGAAGAAAGCGGCCGGCAACGGGGACUUGAUCAUGGGCGGUACGACUAUUGACCAGGUCACCGGCAUCAACCUGCAGAAGAAGACAAAAAAGAGCCGCAAAGUGAAGCAGCGCGAAAAGCUUGGCACCAAGGGGGCGAAGGUGCCGGCCAAGUCGAAUGAGAAGCUACAGAAGGAAGCGCUCGAGUAUCUGGACACCUGGGGCAAGAACCGGCAGGAGUGGAAGUUUAGCAAGCUGAAGCAGAUCUACAUCCAGGAGCACGUGUUCGACGAUUCCUUCAUCGGCGAGGAGGCGUGGCCGAUCGCGGUGGAGUAUUUGAGCAAAACACAGGGCUUCGCCAGGGACCUGUUGACGGCUAAAGCGAAAGCCAUUAUCAAGAAAGGGGAUGUGAAUAUGAAGGUGCAGGAUAGCGCGAACUACAAGCGUGCCCGGGAACUGCUACAAUGUUUGGGAUGAAGGCGAGAGAGAAAAUUAUUAAAAUAAAACCAUAAAAAACGUCAUGCCCGUAGCGGCAUGUGGAUUACA